UGUUUCACGCUCCUCUUUCCCAUUGUAGAGGCGCCGCCGUUACCAUUUCUAGCUAUCAUCAGUUCUCUCGCCAAUAUCCUUGUGUUGUGUUGUUGUGCUCCUGACACUGCAACAGCGGCUACCUGAGCUCAACUGUUACCUUGAUGGAGAAGACCACGUCGUCGUGGUUCCAUGUGCAAGCGGCAGCGGCGGCGGCCUCGCCGGAUCUGUCGCUGACGAUGUCCCCAACGGACAGCAGCCAAGACCGGAACGAGGAGGUGGCACCGACGGCGCGCGUGGACGGCAGGACGGUGCGGCUGUUCCAGUGCCUCUUCUGCGACAAGACGUUCCUCAAGUCGCAGGCGCUCGGCGGCCACCAGAACGCCCACCGCAAGGACCGCCUCGCCGGCUUCCUCUGCGACCCCUACAACAAGGACAGCCCAUUCGGGGGCGCCGCCGUCGAGGGGACUUCCACCGGGACGACCUGCGAUUCAAGCGCCGGCCGGUCCAUGUGCACUUCCGUGGUCUCGCACGGUGGUGGCGUGGAGGCGGCGCCAGCCUCCCAUGCCUGCAAGCCAGAGAGGUGGGGGCGAGCCGGUGGCGCUCCACGCUUGGCGGAGCACACGCUGCUCCAGGACCCGUUCCCUGGCCGCGACGGCGUGGCGGGCUGGUCAAGGGCCUCCGAUGCAAGUGGCGCCGGCGAGGCUCUGGACCUGGAGCUGCGCCUCUAGCCAGGCUGCUCUCAUAUUGCGCAGUGUCCUAAUUAAAGCAAGACUUGAGGAGUUUCCGUCUGGAAGCUGCAGAUGCUGCUUAGUAAUCCGAGGCCUUGGCUAUUUUGUAUGAAUAGCCAGUUAAUCCAAGGAAGACUUGAGGAGUCCGGACGCUGAAGAUGGCCAGACGACAUGAAUAUGCAUGGGUAUGCCUGCAGCUACGCAAGGAUUGCAAACUCAAAAAGAAUUCGGAUUGUUGGAAGAAAACUGUCUUUAGGUUGUCUUUCUGUACCGUAAUAAGCAGUAGAUGAAUACUGCUUUAUUGGUCGUUUCCACCCCUACUAAUUUUAUCGUAAUGAACUAUGUUAUGGCGGCUUGUUAAUGGAAAUCAACGGGUCGGUGGACUACUAAUUUUGCCAGUGAACUAUGGUAUGCGUCGUGC